AUGCUUUCAUAUAUAGCACGUUUUCAAUUGCUAAUUUUACUCACGUUACAAAGAAAAGCAAUAGGCAUUUGUCACAUGGAGUUCGAUAGCCUGGCCAGCAAGUCCGGUAACUUCUCUUCCCCCAAGUACCCGGAUACGUACCCCAGCAGCAUCCACUGCUACUACCUCUUCAAGGGACAAGAAUCCGAAACCCUCAAGAUCACCUUCCUGCACUUCGACCUCGAGCCGCCUUUCUCCAAAGGCUGCCUGAACGACUUCGUGGACAUCAGCACCAUCAGCGUGACGAACGUCCGGCAGCUGGUGGGCCGCUACUGCGGCACCGAGGUUCCCGUACCGUUGCUCACCAUGAAGCCCCGCAUGGAGAUCAUCUUCAAGACCAACCACGCCAACGAGCGCACUGGCUUCUUCGGCAUGUUCCAGUUCACCGACGAGAGCUUCAUCCAGCCCCCGCCGUCCUCUCGGAACAUCUCGGGUUGCGGAGGGGUGCUGACUGGCGUUGGGGGAGUCCUGGUGUCUCCCGGUUACCCCGACAGCUUCCCCAAGAACGUGGAGUGCAACUGGCUAAUCCGGGUCGACUACGACAAGCAUAUCUACAUCCGGGUGCUCGAAUUGCAGCUCAAAGGAAGCAUAGCCAACUGCGGGGAAGCAGAGCUUGCCGUCUACGACGGUUACUCCAACCUGAAAGUGAACCCGGUGUUGCUAAAGCGGUACUGCGGCGAUCUCAAAUAUUAUAAGAACACGGAAGAGAAGACGGAACUGUCCAGGAGAAACAGGAUUCUAGUUAGGUUACAUACGACGGUACAAUCUCCCAUUAGACAACCAGGACAAAUCAUAGGUUUCAAGCUGGUUUGGACGGCUGUUACUUUUCAACCAAUGGAUGCCUGCAAGGAAUACACCUGCCCCAAAAGUCAAUACUGCAUGAACUCGGAGACGCGAAGCUGCACAGAAACGAGGCAAUACUGCAUCGACCGGUCGCUGGUGUGCGACGGACUGCCGAACUGCAGCGACGAAGAUUUCAGUGACGAGGACAAGUGCAACCUGCCCCUUCUGGCCGGCUGCGGCGCGGGCGCCGGGGUGGUGCUGCUCUGCGUGGUCAUAGCGGUGAUCCUGUGCCGGCGCCAGUCGCGCAAGUCCGACCAGUUGCAACACGACCUCGCCAUGCAACUUCGUCAGCUGGAGCACAGUCCCACGUGCGCUUCGCGCCAGACCCCAUUCUACCCGGAGCUCAACUGCAGUCUGCACCGGCCACAGCACCUGCCGGGGCCCGUGCCGCCCGCACGCCCGCCGCCGUUCGCCAAGAACAGACGCUCCCCGACCGAUGUCUGA